AUGCAGCGACGGCCUUCCCUUGUUCCUGACCUGUUUCACAUUAAACGGACAACCGUGGAACCUGGAUCUCCUCCUAUCAUCCGUACUGAAAUUUGCGGGACUUAUACAGACCUUGAUUCAGCCCAGAAGGUUGCACUUCGCCGCCUUGAGGAUGAGGGAUUACCUCGCGAUACCCUGAGCGACUAUGCGACGAACGACAUCACCAACCCUUCAUCAACAUGGAAGCAUGGGGAAAAUGUCGUCGUCCAUGCUCGAAAAGGCGAUGAGAUUCAUGACGUCGAAAUCGAAAGUACGCCGAAUUCUCUUGGCGUUCGAUCCAAGCCGGGUGAUGGAAGAGUGGAGGAUAAUCUCUUCUAUGUUCUUUGCACAGUCCAGGCUGCCGAUGGAUCCACGCACACCGACAUCAGAGGAAUACAUUUAUCUCGCCAGGCGGCUGUCGCCGCGGCCCGAUAUGAACUGGUGAGUGGUGAACGCAAACAGGAUUGGUACAAAGAGUACAAAGAAGUCAGCGUGGUCCCCAAGGAGGAAGAUGUUGAAGGACAACAGCUUGUUGUGACUGCAACCGGAGAGGAGGGAGAGAAGUACAUUGUCAGUGUGAUUCAUGAAAGCUGA